CCCACGAAGGUGUUUGGGAACCCUUUGGGAUUUCAGGGGUGGUGCGAUGGGCCUUAUCCCGUCGGUUUUGGGUGCUAGUGACAUUUCCUCCUGCCUGUUAACUUUUUAAAAAUCCACCAGCCUCAGCUUCAAGUGUAGUGUUUUUGCUGCCAUUCCGCAAGCAGCAGCUAAAAGUGUCGUGAGCCUGCACUACACUUGCAGCAACCAGAGGAAAGAUUUAUGAGCCGUUCUGUGCCUUGGACAUAGGUAGCAGUACAUAAAUCUGAGGCAUUACAAUGGAUGACAAUAUUGAAAAACUUGUUCUGCAAGGCUGUUCUUGGGCAAGGCUGCCCACUCAUGUUAAAGAGUACCUGGGCCAGUCACAGAAGGAAUAUGAAAAGCAUGUGCUGGAUGUCAGCAUAAAAAACCAGCUUCGCCACAAGGGAAACCUUGUGCAGCGCGUGUUCCGGGAUGAGCCGGCCUACUACCGCCAGCUGGUGCAGUACAGCCAGCAGCACCUGAUGCUGUACCCGUACCACCUGGCCGACAUUGUGGUCAAGGGCCUGCGCCUCAGCCCAUUUGAGUACUACAUCAGUGUGGUGCAGCGGAUCAUGGAGCAGGAGCGCAGCUACGACUCGCUGCCGAACUUCACGGCCGCCGACUGCCUGCGACUGCUGGGCAUCGGACGCAACCAGUACAUCGAGCUGAUGAACCAGUGCCGCUCGGGCCUGAAGCAACGCAUGGCCUUCCGCAAGCGGUCGGUGCGGCCGCUGCUGCCGGCCAAGCCCGUGCCCGUGUUCAUCGACCCCAGCUGGCGGGUGGACGUCGGCCUGGUCAUGGAGGACGACAUCAAGGUGCUGUCCUCCGGCCAGAAGGCGCUGGUCGACCUGCUGAUCGACAACAAGUCUCAGCUGGUGGGUCAACUGGACCACGGCGUGGUGCACUCGCUCUACUCGAAGGGCCUGAUCUACGUGGUCGUGCCGGUGCACGACGACGAUCGGUUCUCGGUUCCACCGCUAGAGGGCUUCGUCAUGAACCGCGUCCUCGGAGACUACUUUGAAAAGCUGCUGUACAAAAUAUUCGUGUCCAUCGAUGAAAAGACGACGGUGGCUGAGCUGGCGGCCGUGCUACAGAUCGACCUGCAGCUGGUGAAGAACGCCGUCUCCGUCUACUGCCGGCUGGGGUUCGCGCGCAAGAAGGGCCCGCCGCCGGAGGAGCUGCACCCGUCCUGGCGUCACGUGGAGCGGCAGGUGUCAGCCGCGCCCGACUCCAUCCUCGCGACGCCGGCCACUCCCGCAUGCGAGGAGGAGGACGACCCGCUGAUUCGGGAACUGCAGGAGGCGCUGACUGAGCAGCGGCUGGAGGAGACGGACGGCCCCGCCGCCACCGCCGCCGAGCCGGCGCUCGCCGCCGACGAGGCCCGCCCGCCGGCCCGCCGCGUCGCUUUCCUCUUCGACUCCACGCUCACCGCCUUCCUCAUGAUGGGUAACCUCUCACCGGGCCUGAAGAACCACGCGGUGACCAUGUUCGAGGUGGGCAAGCUGCCGGACGAGUCGGUGGACUCGCUGCUGAUAGAGCUGGACAAGAUCACCACGGAGGAGAGUGAAGGCGAGGCCGAACGGUACUUCCUGCACGCGCUGGCACUCAAGCUGGUCAUACAGGUGCUGCGGUGCAACCCUCGGCUGCUGGAGCUGCCGCUGGACCUGGUCCGCUGCGAGAGUCUGCAGAGUCUAGAUCCGGCCACCUGCGGCCGCCUCCUCAACAAAAACUACCAGGUGCUGGUCUCGAUGUGUCCCCUGAGCAUGGAGAGCCGGGCGCUGGCCUCGGCCGAGCUGCCGCCGCACUUCGGCCCGGCUGUGCCGGAGGUCAACUCAGUAUGGCUGAAGCUGUACCUGUACCAUCUGACCGGCUCAGGACCGCCCUCAUUCUGCCUCACCAAAGGCAGCCGCCUGCGCUCGCUGCCGGAGCCGCUGGCGCCGUUCGAGCGGCUGCUGGUCACCACCUGGGGGCACGACCCGGUGGUGAUCCCGGCCAGCAACGCGCUGCUCACGCUCAACGACGCCCUCUCGCACUCGGCCGUGCUGGUGCAGGCGUUCGGCUGGAGCCAGGAGGGGCAGGUGCGGCACGUGACAUUCCCGCUGGAGCCGAGCGAGCGGCCACCGGCGGCCGUUGCCGCGCUCGGUCGCCACCUGGCGCUGGCCAGCUCGUGCGGAUUCGUCAAGCUGCUGCGUCUGCGGCCCCCGCGCCAGCCGGCGUCGGACGAGCCGCGGAACGGUCUGCGCAGCCGGGAGGCGGCGCGCCUCCUGCAGGAUGAGGUGGACCACGUGGCGGCGGCCGACCCCGCCCCCGCCGGCCGGACAGAGCAGGCCGACCGAACAGAGCAGGCCGAGCGGACAGGGAAGGUCGACCAAACAGAACAGGCCGACUGGACAAAACAGACCAUCCGGACAGAGCAGGACGGGGACGACGACUGGGUGCUUCUGGGCUGCUUCUUCGGCCUACCGCUGUUUGACCUGGCACUGUGUCGCCAGGUCAGCCGGAGCAUGGUCGAGGGUGACAUGUUCCGGCCCGAGAGCCUGCAGCGGCUGGCAGAAUUCAACGAGUCGUUCGGCGAAGGACUUCUAGAGUUCAUGUUUCAUUACCAGGCGGCAGCAGGGGCGACCACCAGCUGUUCGUCCGGUGUCCGUCUGCCCACGCAGAGUCUCGCCUUCUUCGACGGCGAGCUGACCACGUGGCCUAACACGUGACGCGUGACGUGACGUCUGGCGAUCGAGUGAGGUGGCGUCCGCCGUGAGCGGCCGCAGCAGGGGCCAGGAAGCCCGCGCCGCCGGCCGGGCGUGUUCCGCCGUCGUGCACCCGAGAUGCGCUGUCGGCAGGGUUGUGCCUGAUGUCGAUUACAGAGUGGCUUUACCUUACCAUGGACACAGGUGUGUAUGUGUGCAAUCAAUUAGGGAGUGUCACAUAUUGUACUAGUUUUAAUUGAUUGUGAACAAAGUGCGGUAUAUGUGUGUAAGUCAUGCGGGGUACUUACUUCCAUACACUUAUUCUGCCAUAGCCGAAAAUCCUGUUACAUGCUUUUGUCUGUGAUGAGUGUGCUACAUAUGCUAUGGAAUAUGGGUGCCUGGUGGGAGUGUUUCCAUUCCAAAUUAUCCUGGGCUGUGCGUUUCACUGCAGCAUUCCUGGCUGCUCUAUAGCAUUUAUCGUCGCGGCGUCUGUUGUCUGCGUGAUAUAUUUUGUGGGCCAAGAUGUCGUUAUCUUACACAGCGACAAGAGUGAGGACCGCUGUUUUAAUACAAACCGCAGGGACAGAAAAGGUAAAUCUUUAACUCACUGGUGGACCAUUGCCGGGCCAAUGUUUGGAACGAAAGUGAGACGUGGGGACCUAUUAAUACACAAAGCGGGUAUGCACCCUGCGGUCUCA